UGUCUCUGAAGCAGUGAGGGGAGAAGAGGAGAGACAAGAGGCGAGGAAAAAGAGAGGAGGCAGCAGCCCACUGUUCCCCUGGGCCCUUGCUUCACUGCUGCUCCAGUGGCUUGACAACUACCUCUCGAAGCAAGAGAUCCCGUUCUCCAGAUCGCUGGUGAAUAGAACCGAGAGCAGGUUACACUCAGCAUGGCUGGCAGGGCCGUGUGCCAGGUGGCCUUGGCUCUGUUCCUGAUGCUCAGCCUGACAACAGGAGCUUGGACCGGCUGCCCCGGGGCCUGUCGCUGCUCCUUCGCCAUGCUCCAGUGCUUGGAAGCGAAUGGUAUCAGCAGCAUCCCGGUGCUGAUUCAGCAGGAGAGCGAGAAUGUCACAGAAAUCUACAUCGAGAACCAGACAAACCUGAAGCACAUCACGGACGUGGACUUCUUCAACUACAAAGAACUGAAGAACCUCACAGUUACAGACUGCGGCUUGCUCUUCAUCUCUGAUAAAGCCUUCCAGAAUAACUUCAAGCUGCAAUACGUAAACCUGGCCUCGAACUCGCUCACGCACAUCAGCUGGAAGGUCUUCCAUUUCAUUCCACUGAUGAACCUGGUUCUGAGGGAUAACCCCCUGACCUGCUCGUGUCAUCUGUACUGGCUACAGCAGUGGCAGAGGACGAGGCGAGCCGACAUCGACAGCCAGCAGAGCUGCUGGUUUAACAGCAGCAGCGUUCAGCUCGACAGGUUUAUGAUGGAGAACUGCAGUCUUCCCGAGGUGUCCAUCAACGCUCCAGAACUUCCCAUUAAGGAGGGGGGAAACCUGACGUUUGAGUGUCAGGUCACCGGAACUCCAGUGCCUAGUAUUCGGUGGAGGACGGAGCAGCUAAAUUCCAGUUUUAUUCUGGAGCCUGGGAUCUCGGGCUCCACUUUGGAGCUGGUGCUUCACCUGUUGAAUGUGUCGUAUAGGGACAACCUGCACAAUCUCACCUGUGAGGCAGAGAACGAAGCAGGGCCGAGAGAAGCGAUGGUGCAGCUCAACAUCGAGUUCCCGGCCAAAAUCGUGUCCCUGAAGGACCCGGAGCAGCAGCAUCACUGGUGCUUCCCCUUCAGAGUAGAUGGAAAUCCACCUCCGAGCAUCAAGUGGCUGUACAACAGCACGCCGCUGGUGGAGACGCCGUACGCCUACACGCAGAUCAUCCCAGACUUGGACGACGGUUCCGAAUAUCACGGCUGCCUUUUCCUCAACAAACCCACUCACCUCAACAACGGCUAUUACACACUCAUCGUGGAGAACGCGCUGGGCCGAGAAGAGGCCACGUCUUUCGGAAAGUUCAUGGACAACCCGUUCGGCCCUUCUGACCCGGAAGGCAUCAUCCUCGUCCAGACCAGUGACCCCACAGCUCCUACUAACCAGUCGCGCGAGGACGUGACGGAGAAGCGGGAAAGCAGCCUGCUUGGGGUGUCUGUCGCUGUCGGCCUCGCUGCGUUUGCUUGCACCUUCCUGCUCAUCAUGGUGUUGGUGAUCAAUAAGUGUGGGCAACACUCCAAGUUCGGCAUCCAUCGGUCGUCCGUUCUGGGGAAGGAAGAAGACUUGGCCGUCUCGCUCCGCUUUAUGAACUUCGGAGUGAGUCCUCCUUCCUCAGACGAAGGCAUGCUGGACUCGGGACUCUCCAGCUUUGUGGAGAACCCGCAGUACUUUUGUGGCAUCAUCAAAGACAAGGACAUGUGUGUGCAGCACAUUAAGAGGCAGGACAUCAUGCUGAAGUGGGAGCUGGGAGAAGGAGCUUUCGGGAAGGUUUAUUUAGCCGAGUGCGCUAACCUCUGUCCAGACACAGACAAGAUGCUGGUGGCUAUAAAGACGCUGAAGGACGCCAACGAAUCGACUCGACAGGACUUCCAGCGUGAGGCCGAGCUCCUGACUGUGCUCCAGCACGAGCACAUCGUCCGCUUCUACGGAGUUUGUACGGAUGGAGAACCUCUCGCCAUGGUGUUCGAGUACAUGCGCCACGGCGACCUCAACCGCUUCCUCAGGGCUCAUGGUCCAGAUGCCCGGAUUCUAGACGAGGUCAAGAUUCCCCCGAUGGGUCAGCUGACCCUGCUGCAGAUGCUCCAGAUUGCAGCCCAGAUCGCCUCCGGUAUGGUCUACCUGGCCUCACUCCACUUUGUGCACAGAGACCUGGCCACCAGAAACUGCCUGGUUGGUGAAGGUCUUGUGGUGAAGAUCGGUGACUUCGGCAUGUCCAGAGACAUCUACAGCACUGAUUACUACAGGGUCGGUGGAAGAACCAUGUUACCUAUUCGUUGGAUGCCUCCUGAGAGCAUUAUGUACAGAAAGUUCACCACAGAGAGCGACAUCUGGAGUUUCGGGGUGGUUCUGUGGGAGAUCUUCACCUACGGAAAACAGCCGUGGUAUCAGCUGUCCAACAGCGAGGCGAUCGAGUGCAUCACACAGGGCCGAGAGCUGGAGCGGCCACGGACGUGUCCUAAAGAGGUCCACCAGCUCAUGCAGGGCUGCUGGCAGAGGGAACCACAACAACGCCUCGUCAUCAAGGAAGUCUACAACCGGCUCGUGGCCCUGGUGAAGAACCCCCCGAUCUACCUGGACAUCCUGGAGUGAGAGAGUGAGAGAGAAAUAGAACAAGAGAGAAAGAGAGAGAGUGAGAGAGAGAGAGAGAGAGAGAGAGAGAGAGAGAGAUCUGACAAGGGACGGCUGGAGGUUUCAUUUGUGGAGAGAAAAAGUGACAAAAGGACUGAAGAAGAUCCCAGAGUCCUUUGAUCUGUCAAACUGAGCAUCCAUCAGGACAUUCAGGAAGGACAAAGUUGGCCAGAACUCCUCACAACUCCAUGACAACUCCAUCGAGUGAAAAAGAAAUCAUCAAAUUCAAUCAAGUCAAAUAUUCCCUUAGGUUCAGAUUAGCGAGAGAACAUGGUAUUUUAUCUCAAAGGCAGGAACAGAACCAGCCCCUUUUCAGCCCUUUGUGUGGUCUUUUUCCUCCUACGAGUCACACUGCAGUGUUUAUAAGUACACAAAGUCGAAUGCAUCACUAAGUUCACGCGUCCCUUGUCUUGCAGUUGUGAAUAAUCAGUGUAUUAUAUAGAAACAUGUUAUGAGUGCACCAAAACAGCAUGUAUUCAACUUUCUUAUUGUUAAAAAGCAGCUGAUCCUCACACAGACACACACACAGUGGAACACACACACACACAGGAACACACACAGGAACACACACAGCUAAACAGGUAUACAGCUAUACUCAUAGUUUCACAGGUAUACACAGAGUUAUACAGGUCCUCAGGUAUGCCAUAAAUACACAUCUACACACACCAAUAAACGAACAGCUACAGCUACACACACAGCCAUACAGAUACACACACAAGCACACAAACAGCUACACAGGUACACACAGAGGUACACACACUGGUACACACACAGCUAUACAGAUACACACAGACGUACACACACUGGUACACACACAGCUAUACAGAUACACACAGAGGUACACACAGAGGAACACACACUAGUACACAGAUACACACUGGUACACACAAUGGUACACACAGCUAUACAGAUACACACAGAGGUACACACAGAGGAACACACACUAGUACACAGAUACACACUGGUACACACAAUGGUACACACACAGUUAUACAGAUACACACACUGGUACACACACAGCUCACCGUGUGGAUGGUGUAAAAAGUUGAGAUGUCUGUGCUACAGUUUGUAUGUUUACUUUUUCUCUGGGUUUAUUUUAGAUCAUAAGCUAAUUUUCUUCUUUAAUGUUUAAUCAACUACAUUUAAACCCUCUGUAUAUAAAAUGCUAACCGUCACCAUGGUAACGCAGCGGAAAUGGACACGAAACUGACAAACAGUCUUUUUUGAACUGGAUUGUAAACAGUGCUGCUGAAUUUCUACCUGUAACCUCGUCGCCUCGCGCUGCAGCAGAACAUCCUGCGGUCUGUGGCACCGGGAGCUGCUUUUACAGUCUGUGGUGUUGAUGAUGACUGAAAACAGGAGGGAAAUUAUUACAAAUUAUCACUCAGCGAUCAGCAGAGCGUCAGUCUGACUGUCAGAAAGAUCCGCCGUUUGUAAUUAUUACACAAAUAAAUAUUAGAGUUUGAAUAAA